CAGCCGUGGGGUCACCAGACAAAUUAUGUCAAACGGAGUGGUGUUACGAACGUGAGCGACUAUCGGGAUUCGCUGUGCUCGUACACAAAAGUAUCGCAAAGUGCGCGUUCGUACGAUUUCAGUGUGCCGAUGCAGUUUAGAAACUGGCCGCCGUCUCAUAGACUUUCGUUAAAUUUGUGCUAACGUUGAAUGACCGGGCACGAAUCUGUGCUUUCGUAUCGUCUUCGCACAAAUGCACGUAUCUGUAUUUAUUUGUUUGAACAAAUCAUGCUGACCCUGCAACAUCAAUUGGAACAGACGAUCGCUCGAAAAUGGGGUUGAAACGACGGCGCAACAAAGCAGACCAUCGAUGAAGUGAUUAAUUUUGGGCACGCGAGGAGGCGCAGAAGAAAAUGAUGACUGCCAUGGCCAGGUUGCCUUGCAAGCAAACUUCGCCCUCGCAGCAGCCACGAGUGAAUAAUUUUGGUAAUAGUCAAAACGCGUACUGGGAGAUGCAGCCGAGACACCCUGCACCCCCGUACGUCAGGAAUCAUCAUCGGCACAUCGAUCAUACCGGGAAGCGGAAGAGCGCCGUGGAGCUGCUCCAGGAGACGAAGGCCUUCUACGUGAAGAGCGAGAUCGUGCUGGACCGGAAGCAGGAGCUGAAGAACAGCGGACAUCUUCAGGUGUCGCAGUUGACCGCGCCUGGUGCACCGCCCAGGUUGCUGAGAAAAUGCGGCACCGCUUCGAUGUGUUCCAUGCAACUGACGUCCCCGUCGCAGAUGCCACCUGCCACGCUGACGCCGCCCUGUUGCUGGGCGUCGUGCCACGAGCAGGACAGACCAGACGGUAUUCUGAAUCCUCAACAAACACUGCCACCCGCUUUGCCGCCGAAGAGUCCACGCCUGGUUCCCGUUCCGCAGCGACGCACGAUUUCAGGGCCGCCAAGCAGCACCGGCGGAGAUCAGCUGCAGACAAAAUUACGUCGACUGCUUAAUACCGAUAGCAAAGAGAAUGUCUUUUUUCCUGACAAACCGGCACAAGUGGUCAUACAAUCGAACGGCGUUCCUCAGGAGGAGAAAUUCCGGUACUCGCCCGGAAGCUUGUCGCCCAAUUUCCGCGACGAGGAUCGUGGAAAGCGCUGUUUGCAACAAGAUGCUCGCUUCAAAUUCGGCCGCAGCAAUUCGCACUCCCACACGUCCGGAAGGGCGACGAGAAAAUCGACCAGCUCCCAGUCGGUGGAAAACACGGUCUGCCACAAAUCUUUGCCCGACCUUCAUACGAGCACACGACGACGAGCAUCGCUGUCGCCCCGCGCGUCGACGAAGUCGUCCAAACCGUCGGCGCACCAUCAAUCCUCGAACAAUUGCCCGGAUUGUGAAACUAGUUCAGACUAUUCGGAGCACAGUUUCAAGCGAGACUCUGUCUGUUACCGCAGUUCCAGGCAUAUUAGACGCUCCUUAGGAUCUGGCGGCGGCGACGCCAGCAGCGUAUUGUCAUCCGGUGGUCGAACGUACAAGUCCUCAGGCUCUAGUAAACUGAGCCACGGAGCAACUGCAAGGGAUUCUGGUGGCUCGUCCGGACACUGUACACACCGUAGCGAACCACCACCAAUAAUACAAGAUUGUUGGAGUCAUAUACGGCGUGACAGUGGUGCAUCUACUCAACACUCGACGGAGAAAGAACGUUCGAAAGGCGGUAGUUACGUUAACGGUACCCCACCUUCCGUUGCAAGACAUUACAGUCCCGAUUCCGAAAGUAGCAACAGUCAAACAGAUUAUAGUCCGACAUGCAAUUCAAGGUUUUCCGAAGGCUGGAAAGAAGGCCGCGGUCGACCAAUUUUGAGAUCAAAGUCAGAUAUCAGUGAUCGUUACUGGCGUCAAGACAAUGGUCGAUCCAACAAAGUGCCUGCUCGACCUCCUCGGUCAAUAACUCAACUGGAGAACUUCUUCGAUCGCUUAGGUCUCGAUACAGAUAAUUAUCAGUGUAUCGCGGAACCAGAUUCAAAGACGUCGUCUCCUGUAUUUUUUGAUAGCGUUAGCUCCGUCGAUUCGGCGUUAGGUCUUUAUUCUUGGGUUGGAAACAACCAAACGAGCCAGAGCAGCCAAUGGCAGAACAAUAAUUGCAGCGUUGGCAUGAGCAACGAAGAUUGUAACGAGAAGGUCAGUGAUCCGCCGAGUAUCGUUGAGCGGAACGCUCGUAUCAUAAAAUGGCUCUGUCAGUGUAGAAAAGUGCAGUUUGGAUAUAGUUAAACAACGAGGUUGCGAAGAGGACAAUCGAUGUUUCAAUUUCACUAACACGCAUUCAAGUCAACGAAUGUAGUUUCUCAUCUUGUUAACGAUAUUUUUUAUGCAUUUCAGAAACCUAUGACCCGUAAGUUUUAAGUUUAGUUAAUUAUCUUUUUCCUGCUUUCUUGAGUUACUAAUGCUACGACGAGUAGCAUCUUAAUUUAUGAUUUUUUUUUAACUUCAAAAGACCAUGUGCCAUCUACUUUUAUACCUUUCUAUACAUUUCUUUCUAUACACUUUAGUAUUAAAUUGUUACUGAAAAAGUUCGAUGUCAAAUUCAUUACUUCUGUGAAUACGUUUAUGUCAAAAUUUGUACAUACAAUCAGUAGACAGAAAUAUUGUCUAAUAUUCUCAUAUAUACAGUCGUGUGACGUUUUGUCUGUUUAAAAAUGUUGUUUUUUUUUUAAUGAAAAAUUUGACUAUUAGUAAUUUUAUUAAAUUUACAAUGAGUUUAUAAUACACAGAUCAAUUAUUACUUGCGUUCGUGGUUUAUUCAUCAUUAAAAAGGUUACGUAUACAAAAUUCGAGGUUUAUUACGAUGUUUUGCUUAAAUUGUAAAUUAAGUCGUACAUUAGUUGUUGCCAAAUUUUAUCGUUGUAGCCUACUUCGCGAAGAUGUCCACAAACACGUAACAUUUGUAUGUUUUUUGCAUCGAGGCAGAGAUAUUUAUUUUACUUAUCCGUUUUUCAAAUAUGCAUUUCAAACUUUAAGCAAUAUUGUCUUUAAUUGAGUGAUUUAAUGUUGUUGAAUGCUAACUGAAGAUCGUUUCAAUUGAUACGAUAGUGUUACAGUUAUAUCAAAAGUUGGAGUUUCGUCUAACAGUACAGAAUAACUUGCUGUGUUUUCAAUAAAGUUCUUACCACAAUAGUGUUAGUACAAUUUCAGUAAUGUUUUUCCUGAUUCUAGAUAAUUGUAUUAAUGCGUAUUGAGAUGUAUUUUAGAAAUACAAACAUUACUGGUACAAAGGAGAACAGAUGUGAUUUACUGAAUUUUAAGAAUUUUUCUCUGUAAAAAUGUUCGCUAAUGGAAUUUCUAUAAGGAAUUUAAAAAAAUUUUCACGUUAAUAUUUUCACGUUUUAUAAAUCUUGUU